GGAUUAUUGUUCUUGUUACUAUCACUGUUAGUGCUAAAUUUACUGUAUUUCUUGUCCUCACAUAUGUAUCCUAUUAUUUCCCUGCCAUCGGACGUCAUUAUUCCAUCAGAUUCUUCAAAGCUGUGUUGUUGAAUGGUGACGGUCAUUGGGUUAUGAAACAACAAUUGUUCCUUUAUUGAACUGGAAGCAAAUAGUGCGCUAUUAACUAAUUUACGAUAAGAAGAAAUAAUUUCAAACGGAGUCGCAUGAAAUGGAUGUGUCUGGAGCUAUGUCUAGAUCUUUACCCAUUUUACCUUCUCAUUUGGAAGAGAAAUAUCCCAAGCUGCCAGAUUCACCUCAGGUUACUUUAGCACGGGAACUGACUAGUAAUCUCAAAUCUUCUUGCCCCGCUGCACUGUCAGCUAACAACCAAACUGCGGGGAAUUUGUUUUCAUCUCCUUCUGGAUGCUCUACCGAUCUUCAGUCUUCUUGUAUGUCACCUCAAACAAGUCGAUUAAAAGCUUCUCCAUUCAUUUCUAAGUCACCGAAUGAAAGAGUGUCUUUUGCAUCAACCCAGCCUUCAGAUGAAGUAAGGAAAUCUAGACCAUUGAAUGGCUACAAUACCAAGAAAGAUAUUAUUUCUUGGAGUACAAAUGCAACUGAGAAUUUUCUCGAUCUUUGCAUGAACACUCCUGUACAGAAUGGCCAAGUUGAAACUUGUACUGGUGUAAUGGCUUCAGAAGACCGUACCAAGGGAACUGAUUGGCAUGAUUGGGCUGAUCAGUUGAUCGGGGUUGAUGAUACACUGGACUCAAAUUGGAGUGAUAUCCUAGUUGAUGUCAAUUUUCUUGAUUCAGAGCCCAAGCUGCUGGACUUGCCACCUAACGUAUCUGUGCAUCCGACACAAAUUAAUCAGCAGCAGCAGCAUCCUGUGUCAAGUGCGAAAGAUUCUCCUGUAGGUAGCCUUUCUGGUGCUGCACCCUUGACUAAAGCUCGAAUGCGUUGGACACAAGAACUUCAUGAAGCCUUUGUGAAUGCGGUCAAUAAACUUGGUGGUAGUGAACGAGCUACACCAAAGGGUGUCUUGAAGCUCAUGAAUGCUGAAGGCCUAACAAUCUAUCAUGUGAAAAGCCACUUGCAGAAAUAUAGAACUGCCAAAUACAAACCAGAGACAUCAGAAGGAACUUCAAAGAAGUCAAAUACAAUUGCUGAGAUGACAUCCCUUGACUUGAAAACGACAAUAGGAAUAACUGAAGCACUAAGAAUGCAGAUGGAAGUACAGAAGAAACUUCAUGACCAACUUGAGUUUCAAAGAAAUCUGCAGUUGCGAAUCGAAGAACAAGGAGAACACCUUCGGGUGAUGUUUGAACAGCAGAGGAAGAUGGAGGAAGAAAAGCUGAAAUGCCCAUCAUGGGAAUCGAAUGAAUCUUCCAAACCGCCUUCUACGGAGAAGCAGCCUUCCCUCCAUAAAGAGAAACCAGAAUCCUUUGAAGUAAAGGCAGUUUCAACCGAUGCCAUCAUUUCAGCAGCCGAACAUCCAAAUGACAUGCAGAAGUCACCCAAAAGGAAACUUUGUGAGGAUAAUCAACCGAAUAGACCAACGAAACGAGCAAAAUCUGAUGAAACCGAAUCAUCUUGAUUGACUGUUGGGUUAAUUUUGAUUUCCUUGUGGUGGAACAACUGGGUUGGCAUGGAUGGAUGGGAGACUGAUUUGGACAAUGUAGAUUUGCUUAAAACUAUAAGAAGCAGAAUCCAUUCUCUCAUUUAUUUUGUAAAUAAUCAAGUACUUUUAUUCAUUCAGUUUACAAAGGAGAUUAUUAGCUUUGCAUUAAAAUGGUACUGCUUAUGGAAUGUAGGAGUAUUUAAUUGUCUAAUCAUGGUAUCGAGAAUUUGAAUAUUACUGCUAA